AUGUCUUCAGCAUCCAACGCAGGUCCUGCAGAUGGCAGUAUCACCCACAAGAGCAUCGCAGUCUCCUCCAUGGGAGUUGGUGAUCCUGACGCGGCUGGUGUGAGCUGUGCAGAUUCCUCUGCCACGGGCGUGUCCAGUCCACUUCUUCACUUUAUCAAAGCGCCGCCUCAGUCCGAUCCAUGGCAUCCCAACCGGGCUGACCGGAAGCACCUCAAUCGCCUUCUUUCACAGCUUGAUGUCAUCCUGACAGCAAUUGAGGCAUUGGGAACGGGGCAUUGA